AUGUCUCUAACGAGUGUGAAAAUGUCGGAGGAUGUGUGGUUAACGUGUCUCACUCAUGCAUUGUCUACCGAGACUGAAGAGAUUAUGGGGCUUCUUCUUGGGGAUAUUCAGCACUCAAAAAAUGGAAGUGUGACUGCACUGAUUUGGGGAGCAUUGCCGCAACCACGUUCUGAUCGGCGGAAAGAUCGAGUAGAGACUAACCCUGAACAGUUGACUGCUGCAUCAGUUCAGGCUGAGAUAUCCUUCCUAUGCUUUCACAAUUCAUGCAGACAACCAUAUUUUGAUUUUGUUGAAAUCUAUCAAAAUUGUGGAAACAAAAGAUAG